UCCCGCAUCGUAGUCAAAAGUUGAAAUGGCGUGUCUGAAAACCUUCCCCUAUCUUCACCGCCGUCGUUCACCCCUCAAAUUCCCCCUCUUCCUCUCUUCCGCUCGCCCCCUGUCCUCACCUCGCCGCCGCCCGUUCGCCUCCGCUUCUUCCGCCGCCACGAUGGCUGCCAUCGCCACCGUCGAGCACGUCGUCCUCUUCAAGGUCCGUGACUCCACCGACCCGUCCAAGGUCGACGCCAUGGUCUCCAACCUGCGCUCCCUGGUCUCCCUGGACAUCUCCGUCCACCUCGCCGCCGGCCCCGUCCUACGACACCGAUCCACCGCCGCCUCCGCUGCCGGGUUCACCCACCUCCUCCACAGCCGCUACCGCUCCAAGGCCGACCUCGCUGCCUACUCCGCCCACCCGGCCCAUGUGGCCGUCGUCAAGGAGCACGUUCUCCCCAUCUGCGACGACAUCAUGGCCGUAGACUGGGUCGCCGAACUCGACGGCCCGGCAGCGCCGCCCACCGGAUCGGCGGUGCGGCUAACCCUCGCAAAGCCGAAGGAGGGGGCCGCGGCGGAGCUCGCGCAGACGCUUGCGGAGGCCAAGUCGUUUGCGCCGGCCGCGGUGACGCAGCUGAGCUACGGAGAGAACUUCUCGCCGGCCAGGGCGAAGGGAUUCGACGUGGGGUUUCUUGCGGUGUUCCCCAGCCUGGAGGAGCUUGAUGCGUUGGAUGCGGGAGAGAAGGACUUGCUGGAGUCUGUGAAAGAGAAGGUGAGGCCGCUUCUGGAGAGCGUCAUCGUGUUGGAUGCCGUGGUGCCGCCACCGCCUGCCGCCAGCCUUUGACGGUUCUUCACCCAAAGAGGCGCCUGAUGAUCAUCACACCAGGAUUCUGGUGGACGUACUUGUGUCGAUCAUAUGACGAUAUGAUCAAUCCUCGAACCGUAUUCUGGAGGCUCUUAGAAUAAGUUUUUGGUCAUUUGAUUUUAUUUUGGGAACCUUAUCUGUUCUUCCCAAAUAAUGCUCUUUGAAUCCAUCUGCAUGUCUAAGAUGGUACUCUUUUUCGAAUCCAGCAACAUUUUCAUGCAAUUUCAGACAAUGGUAGUCUUCGAUGCAUCCGUUAAUCGAAGAAGCUGUUUACUUAAUCAUCGGUUGAGAAAAUGAAGGUGGUUUUAUGCAUAAUAGCUGUUGAAGUGAAAA